AUGAGGGGAAAUCAACUGCCCGGGCCAGUCUUGAUUCUGCUUUUCCUGCUCCUUCCCAGAUAUGCUGCAGAUACUGCAAAACCGCAGUAUGCGGUUCUACUCCCAUCACAGCUCUACUCUGGGGUCCCUGAGAAGGCCUGUGUUUCAAUGAAUAAUCUGAAUGAGACAGUGACAGUGAAUAUGACUUUGGAAUUUGGAAUGCAAAACUGGAACCUCCUCAGGAAAGAGGUGACAGAGACUGGUGCCUUCUUCUGCAGCUCCUUCACUAUUCCAGAUUUCCAAUCCUCCUCGGCGUAUAUUACUGUGCAAGUGAAGGGCCCAACCCAACAGUUCACAAAGAAGAAGCCAGUACACAUAACGAAAGUAGAGAGCCUAGUGUUUGUUCAGACAGACAAAACCAUAUACAAACCAGAACAAACAGUGAGAUUCCGCAUCAUCUCUGUGAAUGUCAAUUUUCACCCUUUGGAUGAAAUGUUCCCAGUGGUUUAUAUCGAGAAUCCCAAGAAGAACAGAAUUUUCCAAUGGCAAAGUCUCAGACUGCAAGGGGGACUCAGUCAGCUCUCUUUCCCACUCUCAGUGGAACCCGUUUUGGGUCCCUACAAGGUCAUCGUGCUCAAGGAGUCCGGGAGAAAAAUAGAGCACUCCUUCGAGGUGAAAGAAUAUGUUUUGCCCCAAUUUGAGGUCCAAGUGAAAAUGCCUAAGACAAUUGGAUUUCUAGAUGAAGAAUUUCCAGUAUCUGUCUGUGGCCUAUACACAUAUGGAAAGCCUGUCCCUGGUCUGGUGACAAUUAAUGUAUGCAGAAAACUUUUACGAUACUCUUCCGCCUGUCAUACGAAAUAUCCACAAAAUAUCUGUGAGAAAUUCAGCCAACAGGCAGACAGUAAAGGUUGUUUCUUGCAACUUGUAAAGAGUAAAGUAUUUCAUCUGAGGCAAAAAGGAUAUGACAUGUCAAUACAAGUGGAAGGCAAGAUCAAAGAGGAGGGAACAGGUUUGGAAUCAACUGGGUAUGGAUCAUGUAAAAUCACAAAUAUCUUGAGCAAACUGAGUUUUAUAAAAGUGGAUUCAUAUUUCAAACCUGGUCUCCCUUUCUUUGGACAGGUUCUUCUAGUUGAUGAAAAGGAUCAGCCAAUCCCCAAUAAAAACAUAACUGUACAUGUGGAUGGAGGUAGAUUCCAAUACAGCUUUCCUGCUAAUAAGCAUGGUUUGGCAAAGAUUGUCAUUGAUAACACUCACUUCACCUCUUCUUUCACUACAAUUACAGUCAUUUAUAAACCAACUGACCACUGUUAUGAUAACUUUUGGCUUCAAGAAUCUCAUAAGCAAGUUCAGCAUACUGCAAAACGUGUUUUCUCCCCAAGUAAGAGUUUUAUUCGUCUUGAACCUGUUGCUGGUACUUUGACCUGUGGACAAACCCAGGAAACCAAGAUACACUAUAUCCUGAAUGAAGAGGUCCUGAAGGACCAAAAAGAGUUAACUUUCUAUUUUUUGAUCAAAGCAAGAGGAAGCAUUGCCCAAUCAAGAAUUGAUGUGUUGAAUAUUGAACAAGGAAAUAUGAAAGGGGUCUUUCCCUUCUCCUUUCGUGUGGAACCAGACAUUGCUCCCAUUGCUCAGUUACUUGUCUAUGCUAUUUUACCUAAUGGAGAAGUUGUUGUAGAUGUGGAGAAAUUCGAGAUUGAAAACUGUUUUGCCAACAAGGUAAAUUUGAACUUCUCCUCAGCCCAGAGCAUGCCAGCUUCAGACAUUAAACUGAAGAUGACAGCCACACCCCUCUCCCUGUGUGCCCUCCGUGCAGUGGACCAGAGCGUGCUGCUAAUGAAACCUGAAGCUGAGCUCUCACCUCAAUCAGUCUAUAAAUUGCUACCAGUAAAGGAGGAUCUAAGUCUUAUGUAUGGAAGGGUUAUGAAUGAAGAUGAUGAUGAAUGCAUCAGUGUAGAAGACAUUAUUAGGAAUGGAAUCAUUUACACACCAAAGCAGGCCCUGCCAGAUGAUGAUGUCUACAGUAUCUUCCAGUCUGCAGGAUUAAAUAUUUUUACCAACUCAAAAAUCCAUAAGCCACAUUUAUGUUCACUGCGUCCAGUAUUACCAGGAAUGCCUUUGGCUUAUGCAGGAGUUGGGGCAGCUCCUGGAGCACCUGCAUUCCCUAUUGCUGAAGACCUCGCUUAUUCAGUAACAAUGGGAGAAAAUUUGCAGAGUGUUGUUCAAGCAAAAGAGACAGUCCGAACGUAUUUCCCUGAGACCUGGAUCUGGGACUUGGUAGUACUUGAUGUAUCAGGUGAAAGUGAGAUGGCAGUGAAAGUCCCAGACACCAUCACAGAAUGGAAGGCCAGUGCACUCUGCUUGUCUGGAACAAGGGGACUUGGCCUCUCCCACAUCAUCUCUCUUCAAGUCUUCCAACCCUUCUUCCUAGAACUCAUCCUUCCCUACUCUGUGGUGAAAGGAGAAGCCUUCAAACUCAAAGCUACUGUGCUCAACUACUUGUCCCACUGCAUUCAGGUCAGUGUGAAGCUGGAGGACUCCUCUGCCUUCCUGGCUGUCCCAGUAGAAGAGAACACAGAAUCUCACUGUAUCUGUGGAAAUGAGAGGAAAACUGUGUCCUGGGCUGUGACCCCGAAGUCACUGGGGAAAGUGAAUUUCACAGCAUCUGCAGAAGCCCUACAGUCUCAGGAAUUGUGUGACAAAGAGAAGCCUAAAAUCCCAGCAUUUGGACAGAAGGAUACAGUAGUCAAGCCUCUGCUAGUUGAGCCUGAAGGAAUAGAAAAGGAGGAAACUUUCAAUACGCUGCUUUGUGCAUCAGAUACUGGAGUUCCUGAAAAGUUAUCUCUAAAAAUUCCUUCAAAUGUGGUUGAAGGAUCUACCAGGGCAACAUACACAGUUUUGGGUGAUAUACUAGGCUCUGCAAUGCAAAACCUUCAGAAUCUUGUACAGAUGCCUUAUGGUUGUGGAGAGCAGAAUAUGGUUCUUUUUGUCCCUAACAUCUAUGUUCUAACCUAUCUGAAUGAGACAAGACAGCUAACAGAGAAGAUCAAGUCCAAAGCAAUCAGCCAUCUCAUCAGUGGGUAUCAAAGACAAUUGAAUUACAAGCAUAAUGAUGGUUCCUACAGCACCUUUGGGGAUCAUGAUGGUAGAACUCCGGGAAACACUUGGCUAACUGCAUUUGUGCUCAAGUCCUUUGCUCAAGCCCAGUCAUACAUCUUUGUGGAGACCUCACACAUCACGAGUGCCCUUACCUGGCUUUCACAGAGACAGAAGGAAAAUGGUUGUUUCCAACACUCUGGAUCACUGCUAAACAAUGCUAUUAAGGGUGGAGUAGACGAUGAGGUGACACUCUCUGCCUACAUCACCAUCGCUUUGCUGGAGAUGCCACUGUCCGUCAACCACCCAGUUGUCCGCAAUGCUCUAUUCUGUCUGGAAAUGGCCUGGAGAGCCACCUCAGAAGCCCAAGGGAGUCUUGUCUACACAAAGGCCUUAUUAGCCUACGCCUUUGCCCUAGCAGGAAACCAGGCUAUGCGAAAUGAGCUACUUAAAUCACUAGACAGAGAUGCUGUAAAAGAAGAGGAUUCAAUCCACUGGGAACGUCCUGGGAAACUUCAAGAAGCUAAACCACUUUAUUAUCAACCCCGGGCUCCUUCUGCUGAAGUGGAGAUGACGUCCUACAUACUACUUGCCUACCUUACUGUCCAACCUGCCCCAUCUUCAGCGAACCUGUCUGUGGCAUCACGAAUUGUGAAAUGGAUCACCAAGCAACAAAAUCCCCAGGGGGGCUUCUCAUCCACUCAGGACACAGUGGUAGCUCUGCAAGCCCUCUCCAAAUAUGGAGCACAGACUUUCUCUAAAAGUGAGAAAGCAGCUACAGUCACAGUCAAGUCUUCAGGGACCUUUUCUAAAGAAUUUCAAGUAGACGAUGCCAACAGCCUAUUGCUGCAGGAGGUCCAACUGCCAGAGAUUCCAGGGGAGUACAGCACCACAGUGUCAGGAACAGGCUGUGUGUACCUCCAGACAUCCCUGAGAUAUAAUGUCCUGCCCAAGAAAGAACAGAAAGCUCCCUUCACUCUGAAGGUUGAUACUCUUCCCAAGAAUUGUGAUGGAGUAGCUGCUCACAAGAAAUUCCAGAUUCAUAUCAACAUUAGUUAUACUGGGGAGAGACCCAGUUCUAACAUGGCCAUUGUUGAUGUGAAGAUGGUAUCAGGCUUCAUACCUGUGAAAUCAUCAGUGAAAAAGCUCCGUGAAAGGCCCGAGAUUCCAAGGACUGAAGUGAGCACCAACCAUGUCCUGAUUUACUUUGAAAAGUUAACCAAUCAAAGCCUAAGUUUCUCCUUCUUAGUGGAACAAGACAUCCAAGUGCAGAAUUUAAAACCAGCUACAGUCAAAACCUAUGAUUACUAUGAGACAGAUGAAUUCACCAUUGAAGAGUACAGUGCCCCCUGCAGUGCUGGUAAAGUAUAA